UAUCAGCUGUUGGUUAUGCGGAUAAAUAAUUUAAUAUUUAACGCAAUCUUGUCUUAUUAUUCGUUUAUAUUUUCUGUUGUUCGCUCACAUGAUUCUGCAUUGUUGUUUUUUCUGUUUAUGGUGGCUAAAUACGUUGUUUAAAUGCCAAAAUCACAACAUGUUUUGAAAAAAAUACGAGAGCUGUGUUUAGCACGUGGUUUUGUUUACGAACGAGAAAAUUCUCAUUUGUUACCACAAUUACACUCGUGUCAUUACGGACCUCUUGGAGUGGAAAUAAAGAGAAAUCUACUUUCCAAAUGGUGGCAUGAAACAGUUAUAUCUCGUAAGAAUGUUCACGGUAUUGAGCUUACGUUGCUUGAUCAGCCGUCUUGUUGGAAGAGGAACCAUGAUCAAGGACAACAUUGGGAGGAAAGACCUAGUUAUUUGUCCGAUGUGAUCGGAAUUGCUCUUAAAAUUAUAAAUGGUGAAGAAAGUAUUGGUCUUGCUCAUUGUUUAAAGACAGUAAAUAAUAACAAUGUAGAUCAAUUUUUGUUCAAGUGUCUUUCAAGAAAAGAAUUUUAUGAAUUAUGUUUCUUCUGUCCUACGAAGAAGGUGAAUAAUUGGAUGGAUUACUGGAUGAGAAAACGCUUGUCCUGGUGGAAGAAAUAUGCAGAUAUACCUGGAGAAUUUUCCUUGGUUGACGGAGAUUUUAGAGAAGAAUUUAGUCAAAAUAAUGAUGUGGCUUUAACAGAUACAAUGGCAGUUCAGUAUAAUUUCCCGUGGGGAUCUGAAGCUAUGGAAUGCAUUACAAGUUACAGUGAUGUUGGAAUAUGGAUGAACAAGUCUUCUCUUCCAAAUCUCGAGAUGGGGGUCAUCAUUGCAAGAAUGAGCAUAGAAAGAGGACUUUUAGGAUAUCUUUUGGAUGCUUAUCAUGAGCAUGAAUCCAUUAUAACAGAAAGAAAUGUUGCAAAGCACACAAUACUUAGACUACACCCAGCCCUUGCUCCAGUCAAAGUUGCAAUUAUUUCACUGGAAACCAUCAAUACAGAUUUGGGACAUGUAGCUCAGCAGCUGACGACAGAAUUGAGACAGGCAGGUAUAAAUAGUCACCAUUUCCAAGUUGGAUGUUCUCUUGAUGUAGAUAAACUUACCUUAGGUGAAGAUAUGAUUGGUACUCCUUAUACAGUUCUCAUACAGGACUCAACAUUAACCAAUGGCAUUGUUAUGCUACGCAAUAGAGACACUACACUUAGUGAAUAUCUACACAUAUCAGAAAUAUUAAAAACUGUUCAACAGCAUUUUUACAACAUUUAGACUGUAUCACAUUAAAAGGAAAUAAAAUUGUCGAAAUUA